UAUGGAUUUUCAUUAGAGGUUAAAAUUUUUUGGAAAGCAUAAUGAUUGAGUGAACGAACAAAACAUCAAGAAGAAUGUCAAGUGGGAAAAUUUUACUUUCUAAGGUUUUGCCAUCACCAUGUUUAAGUUAGAAUCGUAUUUAACGCCAAUACUCUUAAGUUAUGUUGAUAAAUAUAUAAAAAAUUUUCGCCCAGAAGAUGCACAGGUGUCUUUGUGGGGUGGUGAUGCAUCAUUUCAUAACUUAGACUUGCGAUUAGAAGUCUUGGAACAAGAACUGCAUUUACCUUUAAGUUUUAUUUCCGGGCAUAUUCAUGAUUUGAUUAUUCAUGUACCAUGGACAAAACUUGCUUCGGAACCAAUUACUAUUACAAUAAACACGAUAGAAUGUAUUUUAAAACUAAAAGAUGAAAAUGCAGAAGCAGAAUCAAACAGUUCAUCAGGACAAAAACGAGAUGAAAGGCGUAAAAAAUUAAAACCAGAAGAGGAUGUUGUCACUACUCCACCUGGGUAUAUGCAAAAUUUAGUAACGAAAAUUGUUAAUAAUAUCUGUAUCAAUUGUAACAAUUUAAUAUUAAAAUAUGUUGAAGAAGAUAUUGUGGUUUCUGUUAAUAUUCGUAUGUUGAAACUAUCAUCAGCUAAUCAAAAUUGGCUACCAACAUUUACAGAUAUAUCAACAGGAUUUACAUUUCUAAGAAAAUUAAUGACCAUUACUGAUUUAACAAUCUGUUUGGAUAAGCGAAAUGCUGCUGGAAAAAUUGAUGUGUAUCAAGAACCAAUGCUAUAUCGAUGUUCACUGGAAUUAAGAAUAUUACAAUGUUAUCAUCCAUUGUAUACAAAAAAAUAUUCUGUUUUACGAGUUGAUUUACAUUGUGCAAGCUUGGAAUUUAGUAUGACCGAACAACAAAUUCCAAUGUUAAUUCGAUUAAUUUUACUGAGUCAAAUAUUAAUGCAAAGAUAUUCAAAGAGGCCCGAAGAUGAUGAUACACUAUCUCAAACAGAUGAAAUUGAUAGCGAAAAUGAAUCACAAAUGGGUGAUGAAACAUGGACUGGUUGGGCAUGGAGCUUUAUACCAUCUAUAUUUCCAACGGGUGACGAUGAAUGGCAUCAUGAGACUAUGCCUCAACAAACUGGUCAUACAAUUCAUUUUGGAUUUUAUGUGGAUAGUUUAUCAUUUAUAUUUAAGAUAUCCGAAUGUACGAAUGAAGGAAAUUUUUAUAUACCCAAAAAAAUAAAAUAUUGGCCAUUAAUUAGAGCAAAUGUAAAAGGAAUUUGUUAUAAUAUAAUCCGACAUGGACCAGUUUGGACUAAUAUUCAAGCAGGGGUGUCACAAAUAAUUGUGAUACCUCAAGGAAAUUGCUGCUGUGGCAUUACAGAAGUAAUCGAAGGAUCUGAACCAGUACAAUAUUUACAUAUUGGAACAAAUAGUUCAAAAUAUAUGGACGAUUCGUUGUUUGAUAGUACAUCAAUUGAAAAUAAUUCUGGAAAACGAUUAUAUAACAUUAAUUGGAAUCAACAUUUACAGACUUAUACUGAAACAACAUUACUUGAAAAUACCCCAGCUAUUGCUAUGGAUUUAGUACAACAUUUAGAAUUGUCGGAUGAUGUUACAACUGAAAAGAUUUUGGAAUAUAAUGGGGAUUUAGAAUAUAGUAACAUCAAGCAAAGAGCAAUAUCUCGUUAUGUAUUGGGUACUUUAAAUUUAAAAGUGUGCUCUGGCUUAAUACAUCGUAUUACAGCCGUUUAUAAGGCUGCGAUGGCUUAUGAUUAUUCACCGUAUGGUGCAGCAAUAGAAGAAGUUCAUCCAACAGAGCUUAAGCCACCAACUGAAGAUGAUUUUGAAACAUUGAAUGAUUUUAUUCCACGACAAAUUAUUCAAUUCACUUCAUUUAAUGCUAAAAUUGAAUUGUUUUUAACUGACCAUGUUUAUUUUGAACCAGUUAAAGGAAAUUUACGUCGUCGACGAAAAGGAUCAACGUCGUAUUUAAUGAAACCAAAUAAUAUAUUUAAUUUACCACGUCUCACAAUUGAAGCGCAAUGCAUCGAUGCAAAGUUAGUACGUCCAAUAUAUCCAAAUCGAUUAGUUUAUACAACGUGUCAAUUACCAACAGCUCCAGAAGAAAUGUUUGAAGCUUGUCAUCAACAUACAAAUUUAAAAAUAUUGGGCUUAGCUAGUAAUGUGAUUAUUGAUGACAAAUCUUGUACAUUAUUAUUACCAUGUUCAUUGACAGCAUCUUAUAAAGAAAUAAUACUUCCUAGAUAUUGGCCGAGUAAUCAUUUACCACAUUUAGAAAUUAAUUUUAAAGUAGAAAAAUUUGCAUUCACAGUUACAAAGGCAACCUUACUGGUUACAAUGUAUAUUAUUGAAUCGUUAAAUCAAUUAGAUGAUAAAUUAAAAACUGAAAUAAUGAAUACAACAUUACUAAAUGAUAUACCUCAAACUGCGACGGGAGUAUUAGAAAUACAUUUAGAAGAUAUUAAAUAUCGAUAUGUUGGAACGCCAACAACCACCACAAAUCAAAUAAUCAUUGGAUUUGUAAAAGGUUUUGUAUUAGAACAAACAAUAAAAUCAUCGUUAUUUACACCUAAAGGACAGUAUUUUCAAUCAAAAUUGAAAAAGCCAGGUUGCAAAGCUGCUAAAGAAGCACAACAAGUUAUUGUUUUAUCUGGACCAGAAAUAUCGGACUCUGAUAUAGAUUGUAUAGACAUUCCAUUUUUUUCAAUAAUUGCUCAGUUUUCAAAAUCAAAAGCAAAACAAGUUCAUCCUCCAUUAAUGACAUUCCACGUAGCUGAGUUAAGAUUAAAUUUUGAUCCACUUCUAUGUCGAUGGUUACAAUAUGAACCAAAGCAACUAACAGGAAAGGAUUUGUGUUCUUGUACAGGCAAUGAAAACAAUACCAUUCGUAAAAGUAAUUAUUCGGAAUCAACGAGCACUGCAAUUGAUACGCCUCGGCGAACAUUAACAACCCAUGAGUCAGUGCAUAGUUCCGAUCGGGAUCGUGAAUUAUUAUUCCCGAUAGUUAUGCCAUUCCAUGCAACAUCAAAGCAAUCAGAUGAAAAUAAGACUUCAAAAGCCUUUUUAGAACAGGCUGUUCAUUUUUACAAUAUAUGGAACAAUAUUAUUUUAUAUGGAACAAUAUCAGCAUGUAUAAUAUACUUUCCCACAAAAACUCUAAUGGCCUAUGAUGUGACAACUAUACAAGAAGCCUUAGAUGCAACGCUUAAUGUUAAUAAGGAUUUAGAAGUAAUACUUAUUAAAAUGCCUUCAUUGACUGUACAAAAUAGUCCACAUUUACAAAAUUUGAAUAGAUAUACAACACGCUUUCCAAUUCAUGUGCCAGAAAAUAUUUGGCAACCUCGAAAAACAUUUUUCCCAUGGACCGUUAACGUUGAGAAUUUAUGUUGUGCAACAUUACAAAAUGGUGAACAAUUGAGUUUAAUAAAGUCAAUUACAUGGAAUAUUGCUGUAGAUGUAUCCGUUAAAUAUGCAGUUUCAAAUGUAACAAAAGAAUGUGAUUGCUGUGGUCAUAAAACUUCUGAUCACUGUUCAAGUGUUGAUAUUAUAACCGCCCAUGAAGCAAAACAUACUACAAAUGCUUUAUUUUGUUCUGAAUGUUCCGAACCUUUGAAUACAUUAACAAAUAUGGAUUUAAGGGUAUAUGUUGAUACGCCACCUGUACAAAUUAAUAUAUCCGAUCAACAGUUACAUUUAGCUUCAAAAAUGACAUUGUUGUUCAAUAAAUUAUUUCCUUAUUACAACGAAAAAUCAAACUAUAUAAAUCUUCCAAAAAAUAUAUGUGUUCAUCAUAAAGUACCUGGUUCAACACCUUCAGUCUCAUUAUAUCGUGAAAGUACACCAUGUUCAGAAUCCAUUAGUGAAUCUCCAGCGGAAAUUGAUACAACAUUAGAAACAGAUGAUGAUCCAAUAAAAUUAUCAGCAUUAUUUCAAUGGACAUUGUCAAGACUACAAAUCAAUGUAUUUUCACAAGAUUUAACACGCAUGAAAGAUUGUACAUCAUUUACCGAUCCGCCCGAUGUUAAAAUGGUAGUAAACGUUGAAGAUAUGUUCACAUCUAUAAAUUUACAAAAAAUCUACAUGAAGACAGAAACGAAAAUAUCAUCAAUGAAUAUUUAUCAAUAUAAACACAAUGACAAAAAAUGGGAAUUGGGACCGUUUUUAGGCUUGGUAAUGCGGAGUCAAGAUGAAGAUAGUGGAACUGGACCAGUGCCCGAAAAUCAAGGAAGUUUCUUAAAAAUUACUAUGACACGUGCAAGAUGUGAUCAUGUACAUAGUAAAUGGGGAGCUACGUCGAGGGCGAAGUUAACCGAUUCAAAAGGUGAAAAUAAAAAUGGGAAAAGUUCGAUGAAAACUACAUACAUAACAGAAAUAGAUAUUACAGUACAACCUAUUGACAUUUUAAUUUCAAUCUCAACAUUAAAAAAUUUCAUACAAAAUUUUUAUGAUUGUUUUCAAUUGGACGAUGAUUUUGAUACAGAAGUUAAUGAUCCUCGUCCUGCCACUAAUAUAAGCACUUUAGAUGAACAAUUAUAUUCAAUCAAUAAUCAUCAGUUACCAUUGUUGUACAUCGAUUGUCGUUCAUUGCGAAUUAUUAUGCCAGCUAGUCAACUUAUUAAGAAAAGUCAUGCUCAAGAUGUUUGUAUCUUUCAGAUUGCUAAUAUAAAUCUACGACCAAACGCCAAAAAUCCAAUUUGCCGAACACCAUUGAGACCUGAUAUGUAUCAGCAAGCAGCAAGAGCACAUACCUUAAAUAUACCAGGCGCUGAUAUAGAAGAUAGGCAAUAUGAAUUGAAUAUAUCAGAAUUUUCUAUAGCUAGUGGAAAUUGGGUUCAAUUAGAUCCUGUAUUAGCUAGAGAAUCAACUAUUUCGAUACCAUCUUUACGAACAAUGAAUGAAAAUCCUGCCUUGGAAUGGAAUAAUUUAGAAAAUAAACGGUUUAAUAUAAGACCACGAUUUAAUCUAAUGUACAUGAUAUCUGGAUUAAAUUUAUCCAUUAUAUUUGCACCAGCCAUUGUUUCAUCAAACGGUAUUUUAAUUUGUGGACAUUCAUUAGAAAUAAAUGCUGUAUCAGAUUUGGAACUAAAACUAAGUACAAGUCAAAUACUUUUAGCUACUGAACUAGCAUCAGAAAGUGUAAAUAUGUUUGAACCAGUUUUAUCACCAAAAUUUAUUCGUCGACACCCUAAAUUUCGAUAUUCAUAUCGACGUAAAAAUUCAAUGGAAAAUCAUCAUGUACGAAUGGAAGAAACAACAGAUACAGAUGGAGAAGGUGUAAAAGAUUCUGGGGUUGAAGUAACGGACGAAAGUCAUCAUUAUCAAUCUUCACUUCAUACUGAUUAUGACCGAAUACGAAAAGAAGAAAAUCCCUUCUUUUUUCAACCAGAAUCACUCGAAACAAAGCAAUUACUACAUGUUCCAGUUGAUGUUUUGAUUACUGGAGGAAAUAUGUCAUUGAUAAUUUAUCAGUUUGAGUCUAAUGCCAAAUCAAGCUACUACUUCAGAUGUGAUUCAUUAAUCAGACAAGAUGAUUUAGGCUAUGAAGCAUCCGAAGAAGGUUCACAAGAAGAGCUACAAGUACGCGAUAGAAGAACACAGCCAUUAUUUUAUUUUUUAUUAGGCCAACCAAAUAUAUAUUUUUCACGGUUAAUAUUCGAACGUAAAAUACAUUUUUCAAUAUACGACAUAAAAGCAAUGAUAAGUACAAAUGAAAAUAAUUUCGUGAACGGUAUUCCAACAAAACAACACUUUGGUACAAAUUUAUUAGAAACAAAACCAGGCCAACCAAAUCCAUCCACUGGUAUUUUACCAGCAUUCAUUACCAUAAAAUGGAGUCGGCGUGCUGGUAAUAUUACAGAUGCAACUGUAGAAAUAUCACGUCCAACGAAAUUACAUUUUUCAUUAAAAACAUGGGAAUUUUUAAUAUUGUUAGGUAACACUCUAUUGAAAACAUUUAAUGAAGGAACAACCCAUUUUAAUGGAGAUCGACAUGAAGAAAACAUUUCAUUAGUUAAAAUGGAUGCAGAAUUACGAACUCCUAAAGUUGAUUAUACAACGACAUAUUGUGGAAUUAGUGAGUUUGUGAAAUAUAAACAAUAUCAUAAACAAUUACUAUAUUUGACAGCGUUCCAUUUUCAAUCUGCACAAAUUGUAUUUUGUUUACAAACGAAAACAAAUAUGGAAGUAAUUUUAGGUUGUGAAAAAAUUAGUAGUCAUUUAGCAAUUAAAAAUCGUCCGGAACGUAUUACAAAUACAUUUUUAUUAGAAUGUCUAACGUUAAGUGUCAUUCAGGCAGAAAGUUCACGGUUAUUGUUAAAUCCAUGGAGUGUUAAUUUGGAAUUAAAUUUGUUUUGGGAAUCAUGGCAAGAAUUGGAUAGUGAUCCACAAAUUGCUAUUUCUGUUGAUACCGAUUGUUUACGACUCGAUAUUGGCUCAGAAAAUUUACACUGCCUGGAAAUUGUAGCCACUGAAUGUCAAGAAUUUCUAAAUCAAUUUAAUGAUUCUAUGGAUAAAAUUUCAACAGAUGGUUCUAUAACACCUCCUUUAAAAUCAUUAUCAUCAAAUACUGGCAAAGAUCAACAUUAUAAAGAUGAUUUACGCGCUGGAGCUUUUCAAUUUGUUGAUGCUAAUGCCGUCGGUGGUGCAUAUGAUGAGCUACCACUUCCAUACCAAGUAUUAUUUUCAAAACAUCCACAAACAGCAAUGUCAUGGCGCUAUCCACAGCCACGAUCUUUAACUAAAGUUCGUGUAUUUCCUGUUCCAUUUAAGGAAACAAAGAGCAGUUACAACCAAAAUAAUCAGCAGGUUUUAUGCUGCAUAGAAUAUUGGUCAGAAGCUCAAAAUGCAUAUAAACCAUUUGCUCAAUUUCAACUAUCCGAAUCAGAAUUAUAUCAACUGGAAGUACCUCGAAAAAUACCACAGCCAGCAGUUAGUUGUAUUUGGCGUGUUGUUCUUUUAACAGCUAAUGGAAAUGAUACAUACAACGAUAAACAGAAUUUAUUAUCACCACGUGCUCUAGCCGCAUGUAUCCGAAUCGAUUCAUAUUUCAAUCCUGUUUUAAUACCUACCGUUCAAGUAUCAGUAAACAUGUCAACAUUACAAUUACAUCUUUAUAAUUAUUUAAAUAAGAAAAUAACGUUUAAAAUGCCACCAUGUAUGAGUGAAUACACACCCGAUCAAGUGAUACCCGAAAACCAAUGUUUUUUAGUUUUCAAUUUUGAAAAAGCACAUGCGUACACUGCAUUAUGGGCAUCAAAUGAUAUAUAUUUAGGAAUUGAUGGAAUUUUACAAUGUUUUGUAUUAGAUUAUGCAUUUUUGAGUCGACAGCAUUUUAUUGAACAAUCAUCGAUACAAUUUAGUUUAGGCUUAUCGGAUAAUGCAGAUUUGUGUAUAAAUACAAAACCAAUAAAAAUUAAUUUUGGUCCAUCAAUUGGACAUACUUUGGCAAUAUCAAUGGAAUUAUGGGGUCAAACUUGGACGAAUCGUAAUCAAUUGGAUUGUAAGAAUAUAGAAAUGGUGGUAUUGACACGAUACGUCAUUUGUAAUGAUACCGUGAUGAAUAUUAAAUUUGGUCAAGCUGCUACGGAUGAAGAUAUUUACUUAGCUAGUCGACAUUGUCAUUUGUAUUGUUGGCGAUCACAAAAAUGUAAACAAUUGUUACGUGUUGCAAUCGAUGACAAUGGAUGGAUAUGGUCAGUUCCAUUUGAAAUUGGUACAGAUGGAACUCGUGUAUGUAUUGUUGAAGGAAAAACAAAUGUUGUGCUGUUUUUGACUGUUAAAUCGUUAUCAACAACCCAGAAACAAAUUAUUUUUUCAAGUGAUUUAAUUGUUGUGAAUAAUUUGUGUGAACAAUUAGAAUUAAAAGUGUUACCACGUGGUGAAAAUAAAGAUGUCGCAUUUAAAAUGGCUGAAACACAUUUAUUAGUGGGUAAAUCUAGGUACCCUUCAUUACGAUUAGGAGCAGAUAAAAGUGUUAAGUUACGUGUGAGAUAUUAUGGAUUAGAGUCAGCAUGGUCAGGUGAUAUUCCGGUUAUGGAAAAUACAAGUUGUGAUCAACCAUGGCUAGUAAAAGUACCCUUACAUGAACGUGGGCAUUUUUUGAGUGUAUGGUGUCAAAUAAUUGUACAACACUUUAAUGAACACAAAAGAUUCUUAGCUGUCUUUUGGCCUCUAUUUAUGAUUCGAUCGAAUUUACCUGUGGAUGCUAAAGUGAAUAUUGAAACACCAACCCUCCAAGUUGCAUUAGAGACAACAAUUGCCGGUCGAGGAAAACUACAACAAUUAUAUUGUCCUGGAACUACUGAUCAUUCACAUCAAUUAACAUUCAAAUUAGAAUCUAGUCCACCUUCAAAUCCUUAUGUACCAUUAAAUUAUAGUUUGGUUAAUCAAAAGGAAUUUUUUAAAAAACCUGAAAAAAUUGAUAUUGAUGAAAUUUUAACCGAAAUACAAAGUUAUGAAGUAACGAAUUGGCCAUUUUGUGAAGAAUCGUGGUAUUCAGAUUGGGAUACAGAUGAUCAACCUCUAACACAUGUUCAAGUUCGAUAUGAUAAAAUAUGCCCGUAUUCAAGUUCAUUACUUAUAGAAUUGUUACCCUGGUGUUUAAUGAUAAAUAUUACAGGAAAUACAAUAGCACUUAUAGUUAAUGCUCAAGAAAUAUGUCGAAUUGGACAUUAUGGAAUUGCAACACCUCCUAAAUUUCAAGAUACUUUUUGUUUUGGGUUUGGAAUUCAUGGCACAUGGUAUAUUUCACAUCCUAUUGAAUUAUCUGCAGUACCAAUAUCAGGAAACCACUCAACAAUAAUGUAUUGUGAUUUAAUGAUUUGCCGCUUAUUAAUAACAAGCUAUGAACGAAACGAAAUGCGUAUAAUGACAAUUGGAUCCAGUCAUAUACUAACGAAUACAACAGAUUUUGAUGUAUAUGUUAGUUGUGUAGCAAUUCCUAAAUCUUGUGAUAGCAAAGAUAUUCCAAAUAAUUUAGCUAUGCAUAGUUUUCGUGUACCUGCUAAAAUUGCCAAAAAUAUGAAUGCAAUUCCACUUACACAGUGGAUUCAAUAUGGUAGCUGUGAAGGAUUACAAAUCGAUGAAAUUUUAUUUUAUUUAUUUUUUUCUAUUGAUAAUGUUGAAUUUUCAAGACCAAUUCGAGUUGAUCGUUUAUCAAGACAAACUUUCAGUACUGUUACAGGACUUCUCAGUUUAGCUUUUGUUGUAACUGUAAAUGAAAAUCAUGGAUGUUUGAAUGUCACAAUUCAUCGUGACACAUACCCUCAAUUAUUGAUUGAAAAUAAUACAAAAUGUGAAAUAGUCGUUGGCGAACAUAAACGAGAGAAAGAGGAUUGUGCAGAAAACGAAAUUGGUUCAUUUAAUUGGCUUUGUACUGUUAAACCCGAUAGUAUUCGACAUUAUACCAUGCCAAGUGUUACAAAAUUCUUUCCAGAUAUAAGUCGAAGUUUCAUCAUGCCCAAAUUAACAGUUGCUGCGAAUAUUAAAGACGGAGAAAAGUAUGAAUGGUGUCAGGGAAUCGAUUUAACAACAUCAAAUGAAACUUAUAUACGAACGCAUAAUAUUGGUGAUAUCAAAAUUACCGUUUCGUUAAAAUGUCAUACAACACAAGUUUCAAUUGAUUCAGUCAGUCAGGCGGAAUUUAGUGCUGGUGAUGUUAGAAAUCGACUUCAAAUGGUGUUGAAGGAGAAUUUAGAUCCAGCAGUAGUAAAAGAAAUACGCGGUAUAGCAGGCCAUGUAUGUGAUGUAGAUUUAAUUGAAGUGGAAAGUACAGUCGCAUCAACAUUCGAUAGCGAAGAUUUACAAAUUGAAGAAACAAAAAAUAAUCCAAUUAAAAAACGUUUAUCUAGUAUUCAAGAAACCAAAAAAUAUAAAGAUGAAAUAAAUAGUGAAGAUUUAAAUACAUUGAGUGAAAGUAGUCUCAUAAAAGAAAAUAAUAAUUCGCUCAUAACGAAAAUUCGAUCAAUCUUUGAAAUGAAAGUGAAUACAAGUGUAAAUAUCCAAGGAAUUGUAUUAACUUUAACAAAAGAUUUGUUAAGUGAUUCAUACAAAACAGCUGAUAUUGCCGCUUUUUAUUUGGAUCAAUUAGUACUUCGAAUUCUGGAUACGGAGGAUGAAAAAAAUGUUUCUUUAAAUAUAUCAGACGUACAAUUUGACAAUCAAUUAUACAGCCAAGGAACUUAUGAUUUUCCAGUAGUUUUUCGAUUUGAUGAAACAUCAGACGAUAUUAAAGAUGAACAUGCUUUUGAAUCAAUAUCAACAAAUAUCACUACAAAAAAAUUUGUAGAAUUUAAUAUGAUUAUUAAGAAAUGGACAGCAAUCAAUCAUUUACGAAUUAACGAAGAAUUUUCAGGUAUCCACACAGUUUAUUUGAAAUUAAAACCAUUCAAAGCAUUUGUUGAAGGUGAAUACAUCACAGAAUUAACAGAAUAUAUAAAAUCUAUGAUGCCUGUAAAUCUUGUAAUUUUACCUCAAACAAUUAAAGAGGAAUGGAAAUUAUUAAAAAACAACUAUAUUCUUGUUAAUGAAAAUUUACUAUUAGAAUCUGAAAUACUAGCGAAACCAAUUAAAAUAAACUCAUUAAUAAUUGAACCAGUGAUGGGUACGCUUUCAAUACGUUCUCAUAUUAAAAUUUAUAUUGCCUUGGAUGAUUCGCCUGUAUCAUUUCAAAUAUUCCAACGGAAAAAUAUUAUUACAACACCGUACAGAUUGGGUCAUGCUUUGACUGUACAUUUUCUGUCAGGAGCUAUUGUUGGAGCUGGUUGGAUGGUUGGAGCAUUGGAAAUUCUUGGUAAUCCAGGUGGAUUAGCUAGAAGUGUGGGUGUCGGUUUAAAAGAUUUUAUAAGUAAACCGUAUGAAGGUAUUAUGAAUGGUCCUUGGGGAUUAGUCGUUGGCGUAAGUCAAGGAUCUGCUUCACUUGUUCGAAAUAUUACCGCAGGAACGUUAAAUUCGGUCAGCAAAUUUGCGGGAAGUUUAGCGCGUAAUUUGGAUAUAAUGUCAUUAGACGGUGAUCAUUUACAACGUGCUGAAGAAGCUAGACGGCAGCGUCCCUCAGGAAUGGUUUCACAAAUAGCUCAUGGAUUUACCAAUUUUGGCAUAAGCAUUCUAGGUGCUGUUGGAGGUUUGGCACAACAGCCUCUUCAGAGUAUGGUAUCUGAAGGAGCAUCUCCAAAAGCAUUAGUGGCUGGAUUUGGUAAAGGUAUAAUGGGAAUCAUAACCAAACCAAUUGGAGGUGCAGCUGAAUUAGUAUCAGUAACUGGUAAUGCAAUAUUACAAGAGACUGGUUGGAAAGCACUUCCAAAUCCACGAUGCACACCAGUUUUUCAUCACAUUUUUAACACCGAUAAUGCUAGUGUAAAAUAUUGUUGGAAAUUGUUACCGGAUUUAUUGGAUUCCGACAAAAUUAUUUUAUGUGACACAGAAGCAACAAUGAUUGGAACAAAAGGAGAAUAUCAUGCUGUAGCAUUAAUUUUAACAGUCAAUGAAUUAAUAUUAGUAAAUACUGAUGAAGAUACAACGCAGCAAAUUAUUUUAUUAAAAGAUUUGGAACCGUUAACGAAUACCAGUGAUCCAACGUUAUUAAGUUUUAAUUUUAUUGAAAAUUUACCAAAUGAAAAUAUUUUAGAGAUGGAUCCAGCCGCCAGAGCUCGAGUUGUCGAUUAUGUACGAAGUACUGUAUCCGGUUUAUCUGAUAUAGCAUCAAUUAGUUCGGCCGAAGGGUUAAUGGUAACAUCACCGGAAGUUGAUUUAUCACCACCAGCGUUAAUGUUCUACGUGAAUCCACAAUGGCGGAAUUAUUUUUUAAAUAUACUUUCAUUAGCAAAAAGACAUAGUCAGAAACGAGGAUUUUCAGUUUUGUGAUACAAUAUAAUAUUAAUAAUAUAUUUUAUA